UCUUACCCUUCACCCUAAGUCUCCAUUGACACUGCAGAGAACUAGAAGUAUAUAGCUAGGCACCCUUCUCUCUCUCUCUCCCUCUCCUAAAGUCUCCAUUGACACUGCAGAGAACUUCUGCAAAGAACUAGAAGUAUAUAGCUAGGCACCCUUCUCUCUCUCUCUCCCUCUCCUAAAGUCUCCAUUGACACUGCAGAGAACUUCUGCAAAGAACUAGAAGUAUAUAGCUAGGCACCCUUCUCUCUCUCUCUCUCUCCCUCUCCUAAAGUCUCCAUUGACACUGCAGAGAACUAAAUAGCUAGUCACCAUUCUCUCUCUCUCUCUCGCAUGAGCGCACGAGGAUCAGGGGAGUCGCGCGCGCACACAAUACAGAGACAAUUGAGCAAAAAAUUUCCACUAUUCACACAACAGUUUACAAAAAACUCCCGCUGGAGGAGGAGCAACGCGAUCGACAUCUCUCUCUCAUGGGUAAUGCAGCAGCAUCAUGUGCACCAUCAAUAAUCUGCAGUAGUACCGGAGCAGUCAAGGUCUUGUUCAGCGACGGAACGCUAGAAAUCUACACGAGGCCAGUCAUGGCAGGAGAGCUAAUGCUGCAAAACCCGGGACACUUCGUGUGCGACUCGAGCCAUCUCAAGGUAGGGCACCGGAUACCGGGGCUCUUGGCCGAGGAGGAGCUCGACCUGCAGCCGGACCGCUGCCGCCACGGCCAACAACGAGGACUCUACUAUCUCCUUCCGAUGGAGAUGCUGUAUUCGGUGCUGACGAACGAGGAACUCAAUUCUCUCAACGACAAGGCCUGCAAGGCGUUGAAGCAACAGGGCACGGGAGGGAUUAAUGGGUACUUGAGUUUCCCGAAGAUAUUCCCCGCGGCAUUUGGCGAGUUUUGUCUGUUUCCGAACGAUCAUUCGGAAACCAAGACGACGUUGUACUCGGAAUCUGUGGCGGUGGCCGCCACAGAUUCGAGCCAUUCGAGGCAGAGGUCGUGGACGCCGGCGUUGGAGACCAUCCUCGAGACUCCGCCGCGGAGGCUAAUUGGAUGAUCACGAACUUGGGUCUCUAAUAUUGUUUUCAUUUCGGCUUUUUUUGUUUUUCUUUUGAUGUUUUGGGAAAUAGUAAUAAUGGAAAAACGUUUGGAAACGCUUACGUUUUGUUGUGAUUUUGCGGAGACCUUAUUUUGUACUAAAUGAGAGAAGGGUAUGGCACACAUUGCGCGUACAAUAGUGGCUUUGUUACGGAUUUUUAAGUUCA